CAGAGCUCCCAGAGGAUUGCCACCAGCUCUUCCUGACCGGGCAGCAAAGCAGCGGUGUUUUCCAGGUCCAGCCUGCAGAGUCUCAGCCCUUCAAAGUCUACUGUGAUAUGACCACAGAAGGUGGCUGGACAGUGAUCCAGAGGCGCACCGAUGGCUCUGUGGAUUUUGACCAGCUUUGGGAUGCCUACAAGAAUGGCUUUGGAGACCUUCAUGGUGACUUCUGGCUGGGCCUGGAGAAGAUACAUCAUCUUGUCCAAGAAGGAAGAUACAAUCUCCUGAUUGAGCUGGAAGACUGGGAGGGAAAUUCCCAAGUGGUUCAGUUUGUCUUCAGCCUUGGUGACGAGAGCACAGCCUACAUGCUCAACCUGCUGGGACCUCUGUCUGGAGAGCUGGAAAAUGCCAUCGGGGACUUCAGGCAGCUGCCCUUCUCCACUCGGGAUCGUGACCAUGACCUCAAAGCUGACACAAACUGUGCCAAACAUCUCUCAGGUGGCUGGUGGUUCAGCACCUGUGGCCAUGCCAACCUCAAUGGGAAGUAUUUCCGUUCCAUCCCUCGCCAGAGGCACGAGCGCAAGCAGGGCAUCUUCUGGAAGACAUGGAAAGGCAGAUAUUACCCGCUGAAGUCAACCACCAUGAAAAUCCAACCUGCAGCACUGGAAGCAGAGUCCUAAAGCUGCAACUUGAGACUUGACCUUCUCUGUGGAGCACAGAC